AUGAAGCUGAUAGUAGCUGGAGCCACGGGUUUGGUAGGGAGUGAAAUUAUUAGACAAGCGUUACAGAACAGCGAUGUGACCGAGGUAAUUGCGCUGGCUCGUAAGCCUGUUGCCUUUGAUAAUAGCAGCGCCUCCAAAUUGAAAAGUGUAGUCAUUCGUGACUACGCUGAGUACCCAGACGAAGUCAAGGCCGAGCUGGCCGGAGCAGACGCAUGUAUUUGGACUGUGGCAGUCACACCUUUCCGCAGUACAGCCUUCGAUUUCGCAGAAGUCAAGCGGGUAUGCCAGGACUGCACGUUGGCUGGAUUCAAGGGAAUUUAUGAGGCUGGACCUGCACGACCAUUUCGGUUCCUUUAUUUUAGUGCCGAGGGGACCCCACAAGAUCCGUCACAGAGACCUUUCAUCUUGGGAGAUUAUCAAGUCAUGCGUUGUGAGACAGAAAACAUGGUGCGAAAGUUUCCGACACAGUAUGGCGGGACUGAGGUUUGCAUUGCCCAUCCAGGUGUGGUGACAAACUCAACAACGUGGUUGAGGUCUCUGCUAGCUUCCACGUUUAGUGUGGUGAAUUUAUUCACCAGGGCUCUGCCGAAUGUGAGCCGAGAUGAGCUUGCAGCUGCGGUGCUGAACCAGGCUAUACAUGGAUUUGACAAGGAGACUUUGUCAAAUAAUGACUUGGUUCGCAUUGGUCAAUCUACGCUACGAAAGAAUUAG